AUGCGCGCGGUCGCCUGGGUCGGCCUCGCGGCCUGCGGGGCGGCGUUCCAGCUCCCCGGCGUGGCGCCCAAGGGCUACCGGACGCGCGAGCGCGUCCCGCUCCUCGUCUCCAAGGUGAGCAGCACGAAGACGCAGAUCCCCUACGACUACUACGCGCUGCCCUUCUGCAAGCCGCGGCGCAAGGCGCUCAAGGCCGGCGGCGGCGAGACGGGCGCCGACGGCGACGCCCUCCGCGAGAGCCUCUACGAGGUCGAGGCCAAGAUCCCCGACGGGUGCAAGAUCUUGUGCCGCAAGGACCACAGCAAGGGGGAGAUGCGGCUCUUCCGCGCGAUGAUCGACAACGAGUACCGCGUGGCCAUGGCCGCCGACGGUUUGCCCGUGGCCAUGCGCGUCGACCACUACGUCGCGCGGGGCUUCCCCGUGGGCUUCGCCGUCGCGGACCGCGGCGGCCGCCGCGACCACUACUUGUACAACCACGUGCGGCUCACGUUUCUGUACCACGAGGAACCCGGCGCGCCCGGCGCGCGCGUCGUCGGCUUCGAGGUCGAGCCCAUGUCCGUGAAGCACGCCUACGACGAGGGCGACGAGCCCUUCGGGCCCAUGACGACGCUGAAGACGUGCAACGAGAUGGCGCCCGCGCGGCACCGGCCCGAGACGUUCCAGGACGUCGACGAGGCCCAGGAGGUCGUCUACACCUACGACGUCUUCUGGGUGCGCAGCGAGACGCGGUGGGCCGAGCGCUGGGACGCCUACCUCAACGGCGACCCCAACGACGAGAUCCACUACUUCUCGAUCAUCAACAGCCUCAUGAUCGUCGUCUUCCUCACGGCCGUCGUCGCCAUGAUCAUGCUCCGGACGCUGCGCAAGGACAUCUCCUCCUACAACCUCGAGGCCGACGACGAGGAGGAGAGCGGCUGGAAGCUGCUCCACGGCGACGUCUUCCGGCCGCCGGCGACGCUGCCUAUGGUGUUGGCCGUCUUCGCGGGCACGGGCGUCCAGGUCUUCCUCGUCGCGCUCAGCGUCAUGGCGCUGGCGCUCCUGGGCUUCCUGGCGCCGUCGAACCGCGGCGGUUUGCUCGCGGGGCUCGUCGUGCUCUUCGUGCUCUACGGCGGCGCCGCGGGCUACGCGUCCGCGCGCGUCUACAAGCUCUGCCGGGGCCAGGACUGGAAGCGCACGACGCUCCUCGGCGCGACGCUCUUCCCGGCGACCGUGCUCGUCGUCGCCUUUGUGCUCGAGGCCGCGCUCCGCGCGCAGGGCGCCGCGCCGACGGCGUCGGUCGGCGCGACGGUGGCGGGGCUCCUGCUCUGGGUCGGCGUCUGCCUGCCCCUCGUGCUCGCCGGGUCCUACGUGGGCUUCAAGGCGCCCGCGCUCGAGGUCCCGACGAAGACGAAGCAGAUCCCGCGCGUCGUCCCGCCGCAGAAGUGGUACAGCCACGCGGUCUUCGCCGUCGCCUUCGGCGGCGUGCUGCCCUUCGGCGCGGUCUGCAUCGAGCUCUUCUUCAUCAUGUCCGCGCUCUGGCUCCACCAGAUCUACUACGUCUUCGGCUUCCUCGUCGCCGUGCUCCUCAUCCUCACGGCGACGUGCGCGGAGAUGGCCAUCGUCCUCACGUACUUCCAGCUCUGCAACGAGGACUACCGCUGGUGGUGGCGCUCCUUCCUCUGCUCGGGCUCCGCCGCGGCCUACCUCUUCCUCUACUCCGUCUGGUACUUCGACGCGAAGCUCGACAUCCCCGGCGGCCUGCCGAGCCUCGUCUACUUCGGCUACAUGGCGCUCGCGUCGUUCACGUUCUUCCUCCUCUGCGGCGCCAUCGGCUUCUUCGCCGCGCUCUGGUUCAACCUCCAGAUCUACGCCGCCAUCAAGGUCGACUGA